AUGGUAGCCCAUCAGGUGAGUUUCAUUUGGAAAGGGGCCUCAGACAAGGCGAGCCUGUCACCUUUCCUCUUCCUGAUUGUAGCGAAAGGACUUAAUUUGAUCACCAAUAGAGCCAUUCAUCAAAGGCUGCUGGAACCGUUUGUUUUCAGGAGCAACGGUCUUUCUGUCUCACACUUGCAGUAUGCAGACGAUACGGUUUUUGUGGCCUCCGGGAAAAGUGAAAAUGCCUGGGUUCUCAAGAGUAUCCUGAAAAUUUUUGAAGCUCUGUCGGGUCUUAAAGUUAACUUUGAUAAAAGCAAUAUCUUUGGGAUUGGAGUUCCGAGCCCCUUGAGAGUUCAGAUGGCAAAUACUCUUAAUUGUCAAGUUGGUGAGUUUCCUACUAAAUUUUUGGGUAUCUUGAUUGGUGCUCGUUUGUCUCGAGUAGCAGAGUGGAGCUAUUUAGUUGAGAAAAUUAAGAGGAAAAUCAAAUUUUGGCAGAAUCGGAAGUUGUCUUUUGCCGGGAGAAUUACGUUGUUGCGCUCUAGUGAUGAGUGGGUUUUUGUGGGGGGAGAAGGAACAGAGGGUAGAAAGAUCCAUUGGGUUAAAUGGGAGGAUUUAGGUGAGGAUGUUCGAGAGGGAGGGCUGGGUAUUAAAGACUUGGAGAGUUUUAAUAAGGCUCUCAUGGCUAAAUGGAUUUGGCGGUUGUUGACAGAGAGGGAGUCUUUUUGGGUUCGUGUGGUUCAAGCUAGUAAGGGGGAGAUCGGGUGGGAUGGUGAGGGCCUUUGUUUCGAAAAAAAGAGAGAGGUUAAAUCGUGGUGGUGGAAGAGGGUGGUUAGUUUAAGCGGAGGGGACGGGGGGAAAUGGUUGAGGGAUAAUCUGAUGUUGAAGGUGGGGGAGGGAGAUUCUAUACAGUUUUGGAAUCAUUGUUGGGUGGGGGGUAAAAGCUUGAAAGAAAGGUUCCCAAGUCUUUUCCGAUUGAGUGGUAAUCAAGAAGGGUACAUCAAGAAUAUGGGCUCUUGGGUCGAAGGUGUUUGGGAGUGGAAGCUUGAGUGGACUAGAGAUUUGAGGGGUAGAGAUUUGAGUCAUGCUUCUAACCUUCUUGCAUGUUAUCAAUCUUUUCAAGGUGAAUGCAGGUGUUAA